CGAAAAUAACUGAUAUCUGGUUUAGUGGUGAUAAUCAGAGAAAAAGACUACUUACUCCUUUUAGUUUCAAUGAAGAAGAAAAUGCGAAAAUGACACUGCGUGUGGAAAGUAAUCCUGAUUCGAAAAUAAUGUUUAGAUCCUCCUUGUUGAAAAUUCAACAAAUCAAUAAAGGCAAUGUGUAUACUGAUUACACAUGUAACCUUCCUUUUCUUAAAUGUGAAGAUUCUGGAAACUUCUCAAUAUUGGCUAGAAAUGGGAUACCAUAUGCAGAUACCAGUAUGGUCAAUUUAAAGAUACAUUGUAAACCUAGAAACGCCACAUCAAAAUCAAGAACAAUAGGUGCAAAAAUUGAUACAGUAGAAAAUAUAGAAUUUCAAGUUAUAUCAUUCCCGGUACCAAAUGUAACGUGGGGACGUGUUACUGGCUUCACUUGGAAGAUCGAGAAAAACAGAUAUGAUUACAGACACAAAAUUCAUUCCGAAAUACGUAUCAGAUCGGAAGAGGACUUUGGUGUGUAUGUAAUCAACAUAUGUAACAGAUUAGGAUGUAUUGUGGAAAAUAUUACUUUGAAACCGCAAGAUAAGCCAGAAGCACCGCAAAAUUUCUCUCUCGUAACAACAACAUUCCGAUCAGUAAAUAUAUCAUGGAUUGUUGGAUUUAAUGGCGGACACGAGCAAACCUUUUCUGUUCAGUUUAAAGCAACGGAUGAUGUUAAAUGGGAUACAAGGAAUGUACAAAAUAAUUACGUUAAAACUGGUAGUAAGGUUUACUACACAUUAGAUCAGCUGAAACCAAAAACGUCAUAUCAAGUAAUUGUUGUGUCAACAAACUUACAAGGACAAAGGAAUGCAUCACUUGAAUUCAAAACAGAAGAUGAGCCUAUUGUAUCAUCACAUGCACCACCAAACUCGGCUUCAAUUUCUCAUUCAACUGUUGGACUCUUAUGUGGUAUUCCACCUCUACUGGUAGUAUUUAUACUAUUAGUGUAUAUCGGCAGAAGAAAUAAAACCAGAAAAAGUGACUUGAAAGAGAAGAAUGUUAAAUCAGAAAAAUCUGACGAAUAUACAAUAAUACAGAGAAACAACCCGACAUUUACAGAUGCAUACUCAACGUUGCAGCCUCCUCCAGAAUCAACUGCUCUUCCGGUGGAAAGUAUGGAAACUAAUACAUAUGACGAAUGUGGAGUGCUAGCUAAUGUGGAAGUAUACGAAACUAUGGACGACAGAAAGAGUGGUAAUGUUGAAGACGAACAAGGAAGCGGUCAGGAAAAAUCAAAGGAGAGGAUGUACGAUAAUAUGAAGAUUUAGAAGUUUUAAAAAAAUAUUGUGUAUUUCAGACCUAUAAUUCUCUUUCAUGUGUUAAUCUUUUGUAUAUUUUGC